UUUAUGACAAUGUCCGUUAAUGAACAAUGCAGCUGUAUGCUAACACGUAGUCUACACCAGUACACUCGUAUAUAGUUAAAAACAAAUCACUGAUACGUCCACCAUUUAAAUAAGACUUUUAAAACAUCGAUGAUUAUUGGAAUCUGUGGACAUGAGGAAUAGUUACCAGUUAAUAAUUACAGCGUUCACCUCCCUGUGGCUUCUCUCUAUCACGCUGUACCUUUCAAAUAACAAAAAAUACGAAACGCGCGUGGUUCGGGUAGUGGAGAGGAUUUCGCGGUUCUCUGAUGAAGCUCUGCACCAAGAGAACAAACGUCUGGCACCAGUCGGCAAAUCAGCAGCCAUCUCAGUGGAUCCGAAAAUCAGACACAAGUCGACUAUCGCUAUCUUCAGAGACCAGACUUCGUGGAAAGUGGACACUGAAAUCUGCUCGUCUAAAGAGAAGUUUCAAGGUGCGACUCUGAAAAGCGCAGCCGGUAACACCCUCCUGUACGUCAAUGUCUUUGGUGAUGUCAUCUCCAGACGAGUGGCAAGCAAGCAGGGUUUCUUCGAAAAGGAUUUAGAGGGGCCACUCUUUCAGUGCUUGAAUGAGGACAAAGAUCUGGUUUUCUUGGACAUAGGAGCCAACAUCGGCGUGUUCAGUAUGGCGGCAGCCAAGAAGGGCCACAAAGUCAUAGCCAUAGAGGUGUUGCCAGGCAACGCAGCUAGACUCUGCCGAAGUGCCAAGGACGGGGGGUUCACUGGCAAUGUCACCUUAAUACACAACGGAGUUUCAAAUCACAGAGCUUGGAAUGAUAUCGCCUAUAAAAAAGGAAGGGAAGGGAACGUCUACAUCCGGGAGACUCGAACGCCAACUCGAAACAGCACGUAUUCCAUUUUACUGGACGACCUUCUGGAAGUACUAGACAUGAAGCGUGUUGUCAUGAAAAUAGACGUCGAGAGACACGAGGCCAAGGUACUCGAGGGUGCCAAGAAAUUUUUCGAAAAAGUUGACGUCACGUGCAUUAUGAUGGAAUGGGAACGUCAUCCCAGAAGCCCGGAUGCAUUUCAAAUGAUGGUGUUUAUGGCCAAACACGGAAUGCUGGGAUAUGACCCCCAAAACUUGGGCAGGUCGUUAGAUGCGUCACGCUAUACACAAUGGCCGCGCAAUGUUCUCUGGAGGAAGGUUAGGGACUAUGGACCUUUCACUCCCUGAGACUGCCACAAACAAAUCAUUAUGCCUUAAUUGUUUGUCAUGCUGCACAUUAUUGAAUAAUUUUUUCACCAUUAGGCCACACUUUGUUUUUCUUCUUGAGGAUUAGGGCCUACGGAUUUAUUUAUUUUUUUAAAAGGCAAUGUCGGAGGAUGGAAUUAAAA